UUCUGGAAAUGAUUUUUGUCUCCAACCAUGUUGAGGCUCUUUUCUCAUUCUCUCAUUCUGACUAACUUGCUUUUCCCCUCUGACUUGCUACUGGUGGAGCCGAUCUCUGGGAGAUCUUGCCAUGGGGUGCGGACUGAGAAAGCUGGAAGACCCAGAUGAUAGCAGCCCUGGAAAAAUCUUCUCUACGUUGAAGAGACCACAAGUUGAAACAAAGACGGAUUCUGCUUAUGAAUACGUAUUGCUGGAUUUUACUCUAGAAGCUUCCUCGAACCCAGAAGUUAUCAAGAUCAGUUCUGUGCUGGAUAUAGCAUCAAAGGUGGAAGAAUAUUACAAUUUAGGAUAUGUCGUAGGAGCUGUUCAUCCCAUUAUCCUGCCAAUUGGACGCAGGAGGCAUUUCCCUGCAAGUCACAUGUAUCGAGUGGUACUUUCACGAUUAAAAUUAAGCCAGAAGCACGCAGCACCCAGAGGACAAAGGCACCCCAGGCUGGUCAUUGAGGAAUGUCCCUUAAUGUGUGAAACACUGACAAACGAGGCAGUGAAGGAACUGCUGGAAAAGGUUAAUGAAGCUGGUAAAAAAGGAAAGAAGUUUGUGGGAUUUAUAAUGCAGCAUUUUCCUCAACCUAAAGCUUGUAAUGGAGCAAACACGGAUGGAAAUGCAGAGCUGGAAUCAACACUAGGCAGAAGAAACAGGGAACACAGAAGAAAAAAUUCUGAUGAAAACUAUAAAAACUGGAAUGAGGGGACACUGAGUGGUCAGUCAUCUGAAAGUGGGAUAGAAGAGGAAAUGCAAGCAGAAAGUGGAUUUUCACAGGAUGCAGAUGUCCCAUUUGGAAAAGAAGGCAGCCCUUUUAAACCACGAAAAGGAGAUGAUAAGCUAUAUACAGUCUUCAAUGUUUUUGAUGAUGAUUCUACCUGCUGGACAUAUCACGAGGGCCUUUUGUCCAUGAAAGUUACAAGAAAGGGAUCUGUUGUCAGUACACUGGAGGCAGACUGGCUAGAACUAACCACAUUUUACUAUAAACAAGGAUUGGCCUUAAUUGAUUCUUUUGUGCACUGGGAGACAUCAAAAGGGGACCACGUGCCCAGGUCUUUAGAAGGAUUGUUUAUCUAUGAAGAAGAAGGGUCUGGAGUUCCAGGUUCUAUCAGGAAAGGAAAUGACGCAAUCGUUGUUGAACAAUGGACGGUUAUUGAGGGAUGUGAAAUUAAAACAGAUUACGGACCGUUACUGCACACGCUGGCGGAGUUUGGAUGGCUUCUGACCUGUGUCCUGCCUACACCUAUUGUACGACAUGACAGUGAAGGAAAUCUGGCCACGAAGCAAGUUGUUUUUCUUCAGAGACCUGUCAUGUGGAAUUCGGCAGUCCAGACACCGGAGAAGAAAUCCUUAAGGCAGGUUACCAGGGAGGAAAAAGGCAAAACCUCUAGCAGAAGCGUUGGAUUGGACACAGCUACUUCUCACCCUGUAGAAAUGGGCCAAGCAGCUGAAGAGUUUCACCUAUCUCCUUCUAAAGAAUGUUGGAUCAAGGAGGGAUCUUCCCAGUAUGGAGGCUUUCCAGGAUUCAGUAGCAGUGAUGGAGUCUUAAGGGAAAUAGAUGAUGGACAAUUUGACCAGGAAGAUGGAGUCACUCAGGUCACGUGUAUGUGAUAAUGUAAGUAAUUGCAUCAGCUGGACCUGUACAUAAUCCUCACAAAUGUUUAAAAGAGAAACAAAAACUUUAUCCUGUUACUUCAAUGCUUUGAUAUAAUCCUAUGACUUUUCCCCGCCUCCUUUUAUAUUUUUGUUCUUUGUUGUGUUAAUCCUAUUGUAGUAAUAAUGCUAGUGCAAAAUACUGGUUUUCCGUCUCUUAGUAGAAUAAUUACAUGCCUGGGUGCUCUCCUAACUUCUUUGUUAAUGCUUUGGACAAGCAAGGAAGCAAAUGCUGCAAACCAGUGACGGAUUGUAUUCUGUAAGAGAGAAUGGAAAUGGGCAUGCUGCGCAUUUUGGAGGUAUUUUUUUAAAGGAUGUUGUAAAUAUUGCUGAAAA